AUGGCAGAGUCAUCUAUCUUCAAACAAGCCCAAGCAGCAUUAAGCUACUUGAACCCUCGACUUCCCGAGGCUUUGCAGAAGCCUCAGGUAGCCGUAAUAUGUGGUUCCGGCCUGGGUGGUCUCGCAGACUCCAUCGAUAGCAAGAGCAAGGUUGAAUUUGAUUAUCGGGAUAUCCCUCAUUUUCCAGCUUCGACGGGUAACUCUCACUUGCGUGUUCCUGUUGUAAUUCCGGGACAUCUGGGGAAGCUUGUGUUUGGGUAUUUGGGAGAGAAUACUCCUGCUGUAUUGAUGGUGGGAAGAGCACAUUUUUACGAGGGGCAUUCCAUUGACAGGGUGACAUUCCCGGUACGACUUUUCAAAUUACUGGGAGUAGAGAUCAUGAUUGUUACCAAUGCAAGCGGAGGGUUAAACUCUGAAUAUGAAGUCGGCGACGUUGUUUUGCUCAACGAUCACAUUUUCCUUGCCGGCCUCGCCGGCUUACACCCCCUGCGCGGACCCAAUGAAGACGAAUUUGGCGUCCGGUUUCCAGCACUCUCAGAUGCAUAUGACAUUGAGUUAAGACGAACAGCACAUCGCGCAUGGACCAAAGUAAUAUCGGUGGAAAGCAGGCGUAGAAUCCACGAAGGCGUAUACGCCUUUUGUGCCGGCCCCAGGUUCCUAAGGCAACUGGGCGCAGACUUGGUCGGCAUGUCGACAGUCCCUGAGAUCAUUGUGGCGCGACAUUGUGGACUUCGAGUGCUCGCAUUGAGCCUCGUUACCAAUAAUGCAGUGCUAACUCCAGUCCCUCGUGGAGAUGAUCAUCUCCUCCAGCAGACGGAUAAAUCCAACCUCGAUAAGAUCGCCGAGGAGGGCAGGGCAAAUCAUGAGGAAGUGCUAGAGGCAGGCCGUCAAGCAGCAGUGGACGUACAGUCAGACAGGCGGUCAUAG